AUGAUAACUUGUUCUGAUGAUGUCCGUCAUAUGACGGACGAAAGCUCAGCACCUUUCCACCGGAAUCGAAGGAGAUUGCCUUUUAUACAGCGUCAGCUUGAAUCUUUCAGUAAAGCCACUCGACAGUUGGUCAGGAGGAAUCCGCCGUCGUCUUCUGGUGUAACCGACUUUCGAAUCUCUUCACCCAACACUUUCACUCGAAAUGGAAGUAAGCUCAACAAUAAAAAUAUUAUCUUUAAUAGUCGUCUUCUUUUUGCUCAUAUUCCUGUUCCCUGA